AUGCCGCCAAUGCUCAAUAGCUCGAAGUAUCUUUUAUACUACGUCAAAAUCGGUAAAGUAGAUGAAAAGGCAACGCAGCUUCAUGCGAUCGCGUCACUCAAGGUACUGCUGGAAGCAACGAGGCCGACAGCGGGUGGAGCCGGUGCAGCUGCUGCGAAGCACACAGCUGCAGCCGCAACCCAGGGUCAGCAGGCCAAGGAGACGCCUCUAGACCUGCCGAACGGUGGCCUUGCUGGAGACGUCCAAUUAGAUGCUAUAGAAGAGAUAGGAGACCUGGAGGAAGACACGACUCCGCUGGAUAUGUCGUGGCCCUCAGGGUUCCGUAAGCGGCUGACGUAUGUGUUGGUCGCUCCGAUUGUCUUCCCAUUAUGGAUCACCCUCCCGGACACAAGAACUCCGAGAGGUAAAGGUCUGUUCCCUGUAACGUUUAUAGGGUCAAUAGUUUGGAUAGCGUUUUUCUCUUAUUUAAUGGUGUGGUGGGCCAACGUAGCGGGGUCGACAGCUCAGGUGCCACCGGAGGUGAUGGGGCUCACGCUUCUGGCCGCGGGGACUUCGGUGCCUGAUCUCAUAACGUCGGUCAUAGUGGCCAGGAAGGGCUUCGGGGACAUGGCGGUCUCAAGUUCUGUGGGCAGCAACAUCUUUGAUGUCACUGUUGGGCUGCCUCUCCCCUGGCUUCUGUAUGGCCUGAUCAACUCAGAGCCAGUCCUUGUGAACUCCAAGGGCAUGGUCUGCAGCAUAGUGCUGUUGUUCGCUAUGCUGAUCUUCGUCAUCCUCAGCAUAGCCUGCUUCAAGUGGAAGAUGAACAAGGGACUGGGAUUCACCAUGUUCCUAUUGUAUUUUGUCUUCGUUGCCGUCAGCCUUGGACUGGAGUACGACUACUUACAUUGUCCGAGUUAAUAAUCGUUUCUCCAUGAUGAGGCUCACUCAAGUGUUACACAACGUUUAAAAUUGAAAUUCGAAAGUGCAUUUAACUUUCUGUUCGUUCAUAGA